GUUUUUGUUUACAUCCCAUUCAAUUUGAUUGCGAAAACCUUGAUUUUCAUCGCCUUUCUGUCCACUGCUGGCCAGGAUGAAUGCGUUCAGCUCAACGGCGGUACUGAUGAAGUGCCGAAUCUGCCUGGGCGACUCCGAGGAGGGCACAAUGAGCUCUCUGUUCGAAGGAGAGGAGCCCCUGAACGAGAAGGUCGAGUUUUGCUGUGGGAUUAAGGUUCGCCUAUCCCCUAGUAUACCCGGAAAGGCCUGCAGCAGCUGUAGAGAAUUCGUGCAAAUGUGGUUCAACUUCCGCCAGAUGUGCCUCAACUCGCAGAUUUACUGGGAAACCAGUUGUCCGGACUCGGAGAGACCGGAGGAGCUGACACAGGCCAGCGAUGGCGAGUACAUGGAGUACCUUUAUGAUAAACUGCAGGUGAAUUUGGGCCACGAGAAUAACUAUCAAGAGAUUAGCCAAACGGUGGAGGAGGAGGAGGAUGAGCAGCUGGAGGAUCAAUCACAGGAAGUUCUCGAGGUCAACGGAUUCAUCGGAAACGAACCGAUCGAGGAGGAGGAGGAUGAGCCCAUCAAGGAGAGUCCUGAAAUAUUGAUUUCCCACUUUGACUCCUAUGUAAACGAUCCUGAGCUGGAGGAAAUCAUUGAAGAUAAGGGCGAGCUCGUCGAGGAUUCUUGCCUUCUAGGCGGCGAGUACUAUGAGGUGGACUACGAGCAGGAGGACCUCAACGAAGAGGAAUAUCUUUCGCCCACUCCCAUCUCCAAGAGGGACAAACGCAAGCCAGGAAGGCCCCGCAAACCGGACAGCGAACUCAAGUUCAAGCGCAAGGAUAUCCAGUCCAAAAGAAAACCGAUUAAGGAUAAGACCAAGGACGAGGAUAAGUUUAUGUGCAAUCUGUGCGGCAACGUGUACUACAAGAAAUCCGUUUUCACCGCUCACAUGAUGACCCACACGGAAUAUAAGCCUCACCAAUGCGAAAUCUGCACCAAAUCCUUUCGACAAAUGGGCGAGUUGCGGGCCCACAUACGUCGUCACACGGGCGAGCGUCCCUACAAGUGUAUGUACUGCGAGCGGCACUUCUACGACCGCAGCGAACGGGUUCGCCACGAGCGAGUGCACACCAAUACGCGUCCUUACGCCUGCCAGGAGUGCGGCAAGACCUUCACGCACACGGCCAUCCUCAAGAACCACAUCCUGUCUCAUUCCGCCGAGAAGAAUUACAACUGUGACACAUGCUCCAAGUCAUUUACUUUGCUGCACCAGUUGAAGGCACACCUGCAAACGGUCACGCACCGCAACAAAAUGGAGCAAGCCAUUCCCAGAUCCGCCGACUUUAUGCAAAGUUAA